AUGAGACUGACUCGUUGACCAAGCACAAAUUAUAGAAGAUAGUUUACGUCAAAGGAAUUUUACAUGAUGUAAAGGGUAUAGCAAAUUCGACGAGAAGCAGAUUAAAAAUAUCCUAAAAUGGGCGAUUGAACAACUGGCAGUCACGAGCACUUCUUUGAUUGGUUAAAAUAGAUGUAUACCCAGAAAGACGUUUCUAUUCAACUGUUAUUUUUUCAUCGAAUGCACUCAAUAUCAGACUAAUUGUCAACACAGACGCGGUAUAGACUAAACAAAAAAAAAACCCACACAGUUAAAGACGACAGUGAAAAUCAAUAGCGAUUUUUAGGAAGAGACAAUGGCUUUGGUUAAUGAAGAUGGUGGUAUAUCAAAUAGACAACUGGGAAUAAUUGGCACGGGAAACUUUGCUCGUGCUCUAGCUAAACGAUGUAUACUCUCUGGCUAUACAGUUAUAAUUGGAAGCAGACGACCAAGUCAACGACAAUUAUCGGCUAUUGAUGAGUGUUUGUGCGACGUGGAAUUGACGACAAUUGCCGAUUGCAUAAAGAAAAACGAUCUGAUAAUUCUAGCAAUUCACGCUGAAAGUUACAAAGAUACACUGACCUCGCUCGCGUCCAUGUUUUCUGGAAAGGUGGUGAUUGAUGUGUCUAAUAGAGAGGUACCGUCAAGAACACAAUCCAAUGCGGAAUACCUGUCGACUAUUUUACCCCACGCCCAGAUUGUAAAAUGCUUCAACGUCAUUUCCGCUUAUGUUAUGGACACCGAAAUCGCCGGUGGGAGUCGCCGAGUGUUUGUCGCGUCUGAUAACCUGACAGCACGAGAACAAACAAGUAAUCUGGCAAGAGAUCUGGGGUUUGUACCAGUAGAUCUCGGCGUUCUCACGUCUUCGAGAAAAAUCGAAAACUUUGUGUUGAAUUUGUUCCCUGGGUGGAAAGUUCCUCUUUUCCUAACAUUUGGUAUUUUUAAUUUGUGGUGUUUGUAUAUCGUUUAUAUUUACUUCGUGGUAAAAACUGCGUUUCGCUGGGAUCAACUAUUCGUUAAGGUUCUGAAUAAACCACUGUGCAUGACCGCCAUUACAAUAUUAGCACUUACUUUUCUACCUGGAAACAUUGCAGGCUUUAUACAACUGUACAACGGUACGAAACACAAACGCUUUCCAAAAUGGAUAGACAACUGGCUUAAAGUUAGAAAACAGUUUGGAAUCAUUAGUUUCGUACUUGUCUUCUCUCACGUUAUUUUCUCCGUUCUGUUGCUGAGUCCAACAUAUUACAGAUCAUGGUUCCAACCAGUCACGAUAACAAUACCAGCAAAUCUUUCUUCAGAUCUGAAACUUCCAAUGGUUUCUUGGAUGAUGUGGAAAGGAGAAGCAGCGUGUUUAGUGGGGUUCAUAGCUUUCCUCAUCCUCUGUUUUCUAGCCUUAACAAGUUUGCCUAGCAUAGGAGAAUCUUUGAAUUGGCGAGAAUGGCGAUUUGUUCAGUCUAAACUAGGCUACACAGCGUUGAUUUUAUCCGUUGCUCAUGCAAUGAUCAUGGGAAUACCAGGGUGGAUUAAAGCCGGACCGUGGAAAAUGUUUGGCUCUAUUACAUUUUUAUCGAUACAAUUACCUCUGCUUGUGUUAGUUUUAAAACUUUUACUUACGCUGCCGUGUGUUUCCAAAAGACUUCGAAAAAUUCGACGAGGCUGGGAAAGGAAUACGACGAAGACUGCCCCAAGUUCUAAGGAUUUAAGCAAUGAGAAAUACAGGGCGCUAACAUCCGGUUGUGGUUGCAGUAAUAACUCUCAAGUUACGAAUUGUUGUGGUGCUCCAAACCAUUCACCAGAUUCAAAAACAUUAUUACCAAUCUCUAAUUGUGAUUGCUCUGUUGUGUGAAGGAAAUCUCAAGAAUUAUUAGAUGAAAUACAGUUGUUAGGAGCACAGGGACGCUAAACAUAGUUAACAGGAAGUAGUUGAAUACUCUUUUACAAUAAAAUAACGGUCGUAAUAAAUUUGAUAUACGAGCGUUGAAUGGUGCCUGGUUCGUUAUUAUGCGUGCAUAAUAGCAUCAUUCAUUUACAUAACAAACACAGCAGUACUUACAAAAACAAAAAGGAUAUAGUAAACAAAAUGGCUUAUUAUUGACAGUUAAAACGAUUUAAAGUUAAGUUUCUACGCAUUUCGCCCAAGUAAGUACGUCAAGCGCACGUGCUACUUUAGUUUUCUGACAAUCGUUUGACAGACGAAAAAAGAACGUCACCGACAGUUAAUAUUUAUAUUAAUAUAAUAUUUUUGGUUCAGGUUGAAAUGAAAUAUAUUUUAAAAGGGCAGACACAUUAAUUGUAGCCGACUAAAUAUAUCAUUUGUAUAUAAAUCAUUCAAUUAGCCCCUUCAUUUAAUGCAAUUCAUCAACUUCAUUUUAAUCAUUGACAUUGGAGAUGGCUUCCACCACUGAAAGAUAUACCAAAGAAAUGAAACUUCACUAUUUAUUAAUAAUAUUAUCAACAUUCUGUAUGGAACAUCAUUUCAUAUAGUAUCGGCGCAUGUGUCGCAUUAUAUCACCCUCACGUGUAAUCAUAUAAUUCAAAAAGUCAGAAUAAGGAAAACAGAAAGUUAUGAAUUUUGUGACCAUUACCAAGGACGGAUCUAGUGGAGGCGUACGUCCCCCCCCCCCCCUCCCCUAUCUGGAUCCAGGGAUGCACUUUAGAACCGGAUACGUUUCUCAGAUCACUGGAAAUGGCAUUUCCGGGCUUCUAGUUUUCGAAAUGUUCCGAUGAAGACCCCCGGAUCCCCGUUGUGCGCUUCUCAGCCGCUCGUGCGCCCAUUCCCACUAUCCAUGGUCUCUGGACCCGGCCUUGAUUACCGAUAUGUUGAAUUAAUGUAAAUUAUGUAUAAGAGAUUUAGUGGAUGUGAAAAUGUAGAUAUAUUUAGGAAUAUGUUAAUUGUAUAUAGAGUGUGACCCUAUACAAUGAAAUUGUAUAAUCAUACAAAGUUUGUAUCGUCUACGUGUCUGUUUUGUGGUAGUAUGGUAAUUAUUCUCUAAUUGAUGAAUAUAAAAAAAUCCCUGUAUGUAAUCCAUGUCCCACGUGCGAAAAAACAUAGAGAAAAAUAAUGGUGUGUGGUUAUUGUUAUAUAUAAUCGUUAUGUUUUAUGUAAAUAUAUAAUGGAAUAAUAAUCUGUCAUGUAUAAAAACAUAAAUAAAUUACUUUUCUUUACUUUGA